AUGUUGUGUGUCAGUCAACACAACAAUGUGAAUUGGGUUGUGACAACAGUGAUAAUGAAUGAAGUGCGGCAAUUUACGAUGUUAGAUGAAACGGAAAGCUUUUUAACAUCGAGAAUAUUUAUGAGAAAUGUUUAUGGAAAUUGGCUUUUAGAACUCGUCUUCAGGGAAUUUCCUCGAUGGUAA